AUGAAUAAUCCUCACAUAUCGCUGCCCCGCCAGCAUGCGAGCUCCGCGACCUUUGGCGGAACGACCCCAGCUCGCCGGGGAUCCAGUAUCCGGAUGCCGCGUUUCUUCAAAAGGAUGUUCAAGUUCCCGCAGAUGGACUUUGAGAUGGCCAUCUGGGAGAUGACAUCACUGUUAAUCGCGCCCAAGAAGGUCUUCAAAUCGAUAUAUUACCAUAAACAAACCAAGAAUACCUGGCAUCGCCCCGACCCAUCAUUCGCAUACCUCCUCUCCUUCUUUCUCCUCCUCACAGCCCUCGCAUGGGGUCUAGCCUAUGUCCCAUCCUUCGGGUCGAUCGUCCGCCUGUCCCUCAUCUUCAUCUUCGUACAUUUCAUCGGAUCCUCACUCCUCGUCUCGACGAUAGGCUACUUUGUCAUCGGCCGACUCUUCGGCCCGAACGGCGCAGCGGCCAACCUCACCGGCCUGAGGGGGAUUCGUGGACGGAGACGAGGUGCCGCACAGGGUCUGUUCAUGCAGCCGGGCGAGAAAGAACAGCUCGAAUUUGGCUACUGCUUUGAUGUAUCUAACCGUGCCUUUUUCCCGCUCUACCUCCAUCUUCACGUCGUGCAGUUUCUCCUCCUGCCGCUCCUCACGCGCUCGAGCAACUUUCUCGCCACGUUCCUCGGAAACACGCUCUAUCUUUCCGCGGUGGCAUACUACACGUACAUCACCUUCCUCGGCUACAACGCUCUUCCGUUCCUGCACAACACCGAGCUGCUCUUGAUCCCCAUCCUUGUCUUCGCUGUUUUGUGGCUCAUCAGCUUGAUCGCCGGGUGGGGGAUCGUGGCCCAGGGCCACGGUGUGGAGGGCUUGUUCUGGGGCGUUUGA